UCGUCUUGGGCUGCGUUUCACACUGCUUCAUUCUGAUCCUCAAAUUCCAACAAACCCAUUCUGAAUAUAACUCUGGAGGAAGUCUAAACAGAGUACACUGGUAAUAUUUAAUUGAAGAUGACGAGCCCUUGGAUAAUACGUUGCAACAAAAGGAACAUGCCCAAGACUGAACUGGAUCUGGUGGAAAAGAGCAAAAAAGAAAAAAUGCAGAUGAAACAAGAAAUCACUUUGCUCAAUGGCAUUUCUUUAAUAGUUGGGAACAUGAUUGGCUCUGGAAUAUUUGUGUCCCCCAAAGGUGUUCUGAUGUACAGUGCUUCUUAUGGACUUGCCCUCCUCCUCUGGGCUCUUGGGGGGAUCUUUUCACUGUUUGGAGCACUGUGUUAUGCUGAACUGGGAACAUCCAUAGUAAAAUCCGGAGCAAGUUAUGCCUACAUUCUGGAAGCGUUUGGAGGCUUUAUAGCCUUUAUCAGACUAUGGUCUUCCUUGCUCAUUAUUGAACCAACAACUCAGGCUGUUAUAGCCAUCACUUUUGCUAACUACAUCGUUCAACCAAUAUUUCCAUUCUGUGAACCACCGUAUGGAGCAGUUAGGCUGAUUGCAGCUGCUUGCAUCUGCUCCCUGACAUUUAUUAACUGUGUCAAUGUGAAGUGGGGAACCAGAGUACAAGAUCUUUUCACAUAUGCAAAAGUUAUGGCCCUUAUUAUGGUAAUAACAGUGGGCCUUUAUAAAAUUAGCCAAGGAGAAACAGAAAACCUUAAGGAUCCAUUUGAAGGUUCAACAACAGAUGCUGGAUUCAUUGCUCUUGCUCUUUACUCAGCCCUCUUUUCCUAUUCUGGAUGGGAUACACUGAAUUUUGUCACUGAAGAAAUGAAAAAUCCGCAAAGGAACCUGCCACUUUCCAUUGCAAUUUCAAUGCCUAUUGUAACAAUCAUUUACUUGCUGACAAAUGUAGCCUACUACGUUGUACUGGAUAUGCCGGCUCUGUUAGCAAGUGAUGCUGUGGCUGUGACUUUUGGUAAUGAAGCUCUUAGCCAUGCUAAAUGGAUUAUCCCCAUUGCAGUGGCCAUGUCUUGUUAUGGAGGAUUAAACUCAUCUAUUAUUGCAGCAUCCAGGCUUUUCUACGUUGGUGCCAGAGAAGGACACCUCCCCGACAGCCUGAAUUUGAUUCAUAUGAAAUGUUUCACCCCUGUUCCUGCCCUUAUUUUUAAUGGUUUAAUGACUUUGAUAUAUCUCCUUGUGGAAGAUGUGUUUCUCCUGAUUAACUACUAUUGUUUCAGCUAUUGGUUUUUUGUUGGACUAUCAAUUGGAGGAUUAAUAUAUUUAAGAUAUACUCAGCCAGAUAGGCAACGGCCCAUUAAACUCAGCCUCUUCUUCCCAGUCGUGUACUGCUUUUGUACCCUUUUCCUCGUCAUCGUCCCUCUGUACAGUGAUACAAUAAAUUCUCUCAUUGGAAUUGGUAUAGCACUCUCUGGAAUCCCUGCAUAUUUUUUGGGCGUCUAUUUACCAGCUGAAAAGAGACCUCGGUACCUUCGAUGGCUCUCUGCUACCUCUACAAAGUAUGUUCAGAUACUGUUCUGUUGCUGUCAAGCAGACCUGGACAUUGAAAUGGAAACCUCAGAAACCAAGCCUAAGUAAGCAGAAGUCGGCUGACAGCUUCUGCUCAUGAUGUAUCUGCGUAGCUGGAAAUUGUGCCUUGUGCCCAUGAGCUGCGCACUGAAAUACGCACAACUGCACAGUACAUCAUUUGGUUGUUUCUUAAUAUGUGCUACGUUAUUAGCCUUUUCUCUGGCUUAUUACCAGUUUCUAAAAACUUAUUCAUGACAAUUCAAUAGCUGGUAAUUAUUUUAUUUUUUAAAUUCAAAGGACAGUAUAUAGAGACAAGCACUUAAUAAGUGCUGGGAUGGAAACCUUGUCCCCAAAAGCUGCCAGUGAAAAGAAAAAGGCUGGGAAAAAACAAAGGAAAAGGGAAAUGAUGCCAAGAAGAGAAACUGUAAAAAUAUACAUAUUUCUACCCACCAUUAUAAACUAUAAUGAAUGUAAAUGUUUUACAGACACAAGCUCCUUUUAUUCAGUAUCAGUAGUAGACCGACACAGAGUCAUCUAGAUAGCCCAGGCAAGCCUGGUCUCACCACAUCUCAGAAGCUCAGCGGGGCUGACCUUGGUUAGAAAUUGGAUAAGAGACUUCCAAAGAACACCAGAGUCACUAUGCGGUGGCAGGCAAUGGCGAACCACCUCUUGCCUUGAAAACUCCAGCAGGAGUCACCAUCCGGCUAUAACUUGAUGGCACUUUCCUCCACCACCCAUAGCGUUACACUCAGGGUUGGUUCUCCAAGCCACCCAAGCAACUAUCUGGAGCAGCACAAUGGAGAUGGUGCCAGUACACGGAAGGGGGUCAGUUUACUCCCAGCCAUUGAUGGCGCAGGAGGCAACAGGCAUUGUCAGAGAAGGCAUGAAAGGAAGAAACAGAUAUACCUUGCUUGAGUGAGAAAAUACCUCGAACAGACCCUGCUUACCGUCUGAAUCUAUGAAGUGACGCAUCGUGGCAAAAGUCUGUAGACCUGGGUAGAAGCUACCAAUGCUACAGCAAGGAGAUGACCUGUGUUGGUGAUUCGACCCAAUAUAAUUUAGCAUUGGCAUCGUUACACCAGCACUUUGCCUUAUUUCCUUGCAUUGAACAGCAAUGCUAUUGCUGGCCCCUGCAGCAAUAUACUGAGAGCUGCUAAGUAGCAAAGGAUCUCCAUCAUGGUGCAAUUCUCUACUCAAGAUGUAUAAUAUCUAAGGCAAGCACUAACGUUUUCAGUAGCAAGUGGGAUAUCUUCAUCCGCAUGCUAAAUUAUACCUAUACCAGCAAGUGUUUUUACCACUAAAGAACAGCAUGCAGCUUUUCUCCUGGAUAAGCAACUGUUGGUAGCACACAUUUAAAGUCCAAGUGAAACUUCUGGUAAAACAAUUGACUUUUGUUUUAUUCCAGUCAAAGCAUUUUAUAUUACAAAAAAGGAUGGCAGUCUGUAUAUACCUGUAAAAUAUAUAUUUGAAUAAACAUGUGUUUAAAACAUG